AUGGUUUCAUUCAUAUAUUCCCAGCUUUUUGUUACACCAAGGUAUCCGACGAAAUCAUUCGCCGGCCAAACCGUCAUCGUGACAGGUUCCAACACUGGACUUGGGAAAGAGGCAGCACGCCACUUCGUCCGAUUGGGCGCAUCCAAAGUCAUUAUCGCCGUUCGGAACACCACCGCUGGCGAAGCAGCCAAACAGGACAUUGAAAAGACCACCCACUGCAGUCCCGACGUGCUCGAGGUAUGGUCAUUGGAUCUGUCAUCAUAUGAGUCCGUCAAAGCCUUCGCCGAGCGAGCGAAGAAAAACCUGUCGCGGCUCGACGUCCUCUUGAACAACGCUGGAAUCGCAACGUCGAAGUACGAGCUCGCCGAGGGCCACGAGCGGACUAUCACAGUGAAUGUGAUCAGCACAUUCCUGCUCUCACUGCUCCUCCUGCCCCAACUUGAAGCGACAGCACGGGACCAUAACACAAACACCCACCUUAUCAUCGUCUCGAGCGAGGUCCACGCCUGGGCCAAAUUCCCGGAAUGGAAGGCCCCGAACACCUUCGCCACCCUGUCUAACAGGGAGACGGCCAACAUGAACGAGCGGUACCAAGCCAGCAAGCUCCUGGAGGUGCUCGCAUGUCGUGCUCUCGCGCCAAAACUUGCAGGCAAGGGCGUCAUUCUCAACUACGUCAACCCAGGUCUCUGUCAUUCCGAACUCUCGCGCGACGGGCCCUUCUUCGUGUCCAUUCUCAAAUUCUUCCUUGCUCGAUCCACCGAGGUCGGCAGUCGCACCUUGGUUUCGGCCGCGGAGGCCGGCCCUGAGUCGCACGGCAAAUACAUCUACGACUGUGAGCCCAAUGACAACGCGCUCUCGCCUUUCGUUAGGAGCGAGGAUGGGAAGAAGGCUUCAGAAAAGAUCUGGAAGGAGUUGGCCGAAAUCCUGGAUCAGAUCCAGCCGGGAAUCAGCUCCGAGUCUUUGAAGUGA